AUGGCUAUCAAGAAGCCAAACCGUUGGAACCGAUUCAUGAAAACUACAGGGGCUAGAGCCGUGUUCCGGGGACGUCGAAAAGGCGUCAAGCACCGACCGGCUAUGGGUGGUGUUUCUGAUCUAUAUUGGGAGCUGUCGCCUGAAGAGAGGGCUUCGUUUGCAGAUCCACCACCCCCUGAAACUUUGAUUCCGGCUGAUGAUCCGAACAAACAUCAUACUGCUGAGGAAGAGUCAAUUGCUGCCGAGGCUGAACGGGGUCAACGUCAGACAAUAUCAUUCAAACGAGCCUCGGAUCAUGUACAAAAUUUUAUGGAAAGCUGGGUCCAACAAUUUACUCAGACUACUCACAGUGCGACCGCCUUUACUGCUGCUGCUCGCAACAUUGAUGGUGAACGACACUACCCUGCUCGUAUGCAAGCCUACCUUACUGGCUAUGGGGUUGCUGAGAUUACAGCUUAUGCAAAUACCAGGCGUUGCCGGAUGAAGGACCGACCGGUAUCGGCAAAGGCUCGCAUGUCUCAACUAGUUGCUGAGAAAACCAAUGGUGCCAUGACGACGUGGCCAUGGACUAAAACAGACUUCAAGCUGGCGAAAAUCAAGUACCGGCUUGUCCUGCUUCCUGGGGCAAAGAUUCAGGCUUCAUGGAUCAAAAGUCCUAGCCGAAACCUCCAUACGGCACCCAAAACCAUACUACAUACUGACUUGGAUGAUAAGCUCAUUGACGUUGUUUACGACCCGACUAUACCCGAUGGAAUCAGCUCCGACUAUGUGCUAACCCCUGAGUUUCUCAAAGCCCCACUACCCAGUAGCAGUUGUUCUAGAUCCUCUCCCUCCAGUUCUACACCUUCCCUUCAUAGUGAUGACGAUAUGAGUUCUGAUGAAUAG